AGCAGCUGCUGGACUCGUUUUCCAAGAUCCAUCAAAAAGCGUCCCACCCCCAAAAUACAAUCUCUUCCAACCCCAACGCCCCUUUACACCACACUUCACACUGCCAUCGGUGCUCCGGGGUGUUUAAAACGGAAGGGGGGAAUAAAUAGUAGUUGCUCCUGUGGUGUGUUUUACAUGAAAGUAUGGACUCCAAGAGUGACAUUUUGGACAAAUUGCGGCGGAGUUUCCGUUCUGGCGUCACGACGUCGGAGCAGUUUCGGGGGGCUCAGCUCUCUCAGCUCAUGUCCAUGAUUAAAGACAACGAGGAGGAGAUUUUACAAGCAUUGCACAAGGACCUUGGGAAGCCCAAAUUUGAGGCGAUCCUGGCCGAGAUUGAUAUCGUGAUCAAUGAGCUGCACUAUGCCAUCGAUAACCUGCACAACUGGAUGCAGCCGGAGUAUGUCACUAAGUCUCUGGCCACAAAAUUUGAUGACUGUUUUGUGCGGAGAGAACCGUUAGGGGUUGUGCUUAUCAUUGGACCAUGGAACUACCCGCUGCAGCUGCUUAUCUUACCCAUGGUUGGUGCCAUUGCAGCAGGAAACUGUGUGAUCAUCAAACCCUCUGAGGUCAGCGCUGCCACGGACGAGCUGAUCGCAGACCUUAUUCCUAAAUACCUGUCACAGGACUGUUAUGCGGUGGUUCGUGGUGGACCAGAAGAGACAAAGGCUCUUCUGCAGAAUCGCUUUGACCAUAUCUUCUAUACCGGUUCUCAGGCUGUGGCCCGCAGUAUCCUACAGCAAGCCUCAGUCCACCUGACCCCAGUUACAUUAGAGCUUGGUGGCAAGUGCCCAUGCUUAAUUUUUGGACAAGUCGGCAUUGCGGCGGCUGCCCGUCGCUUAGCAUGGGCCAAGUUUUUCAAUGCGGGACAGAGCUGUGUUGCACCAGACUAUGUACUGUGCUCUCAGGCGACAUGUGAUGCCCUUCUCCCAGCUCUGCGUGAAGCACUGAAGGAUUUUUAUGGAAACACGCCACAAACAUCUCCCGACUUUUCUCGCAUUGUGUCACAGCGACACUGGACUCGUCUGACAGAACUACUGAAGAAAUCCAGCGCCAAGGUCGUCGUGGGAGGAGAAAGCGACCAGGAGGACAAAUAUAUUGCUCCUACAGUGUUGGUGGAUGUGGCUGCAGAUGACGUGCUGAUGGAAGAAGAAAUCUUCGGCCCCAUUCUUCCUAUUGUUACCGUUGAGUCUCUGAAAAAAGCCAUUGACUUUGUCAAUGGCAUGGAGAAGCCAUUGGCCCUCUACGUUUUCUCCGAUGAAAACUCCGUUGCAACGACAGUGCUGGAGAAAACCAGCAGUGGAGGGUUCUGCUCAAAUGAUGGCAUUAUCCACAUGACGCUGCCAGGACUGCCUUUUGGCGGAGUGGGGGCCAGUGGCUGGGGAUCCUAUCACGGUCGCUGGGGCUUUGAGGCCUUCAGCCACCGGCGGGCCUGCAUGAUGCGUGGCUGGGCCAUGGAACGACUAAACGGCCUGCGCUACCCGCCCUACCGAGACGAUAAACUCAGCUGGCUGCGCUGGACCGCCUCACCCAAGAAGUCUUGCUCACUUAUGUGACAGCAGACAGGCAAUAAUGACAAUAGGCAAGUGGAGUUUUGUCUAAAAUCUGGGAUCAAAACAUUUGAAAGUGUUUGUGGGUAUCGCCUAACUUACUGAUUACCACGUGAUGUUCUCUCAUUUUAAAAUCAUAAGAAAGUCUGCGUUUGUAUCUCAUAUGGACUUACUUUUUAAUGCCACCUUUAUUGUGUAUAUAAUAUUCUACAGAGAAUGUAUGGCUUCCAAAUGAUUAUGUAAUGACCCCUACAGCAAAAUGAAACGCAUUAACUAGCUUUAAAAAAAAAAAAAAGCCUUUAUUAUAACCAAAGACCAACUUCUGACAUUUCUGCUGAUAAUGAUCAUUUUAUUUGGAUGUUAACGAGGAUUUAAUGCACAUUUGUUUUAAGGUUACUUUGUCAUUAGUCUUUCAUUUCCCUUCAUGUCAUUUACUGGAGAGGAGAUUCAGAAAAUAUUUCUUUAUUUUAAAUGGAAAUUUUAGUCAUACAUAAAUUGCACGACCAUCGCCAGUGUGUAAAUAAUCCAUCUGCAAUCAAUAAAAUCAUAGGUCUUUUUCA